AUGGGGGCUAUGGAUGUCCAGCCUUACGCGCCAGAAUCCAGCUACAAUUACCCGCGGCACUACUUGCCCAAUUCGCAUUCCUAUUCCUAUGGCUAUGCCGGCGACGACGCGGACGAUCGCGGGCAAUCCAAGAGGGCGGCCAAGACGAAGAGAGGCGGAUCCCUGCGGCUUGCGAGCCUGGGGUGGAAUUCCAGCGAUCCGGAGGCAAAGAGGAAGCGGCGCGUCGCGGCGUACAAGCGAUUCGAUUCCAGGAGGCGAGUGGGCGAUUCGGUGAAGAGGGGCGUGCGGUGGAUCAAGAUUAGAUGUUUCCGCCUGUGCUACCGCUGGUGGUGA